AUGCGACGAAUCGGCAUUUUGGUAUCACGUACCCGGAUCCCUAGGCAGUUGAGCUACAACCAACACCCGGGUGUAAUACAUCCAAGUCUACUGCGAAAUUUCAAGGUUAUGAUUCAAUCAAUACUUCCAACUUAUAUCCUCCGAGUCCGGAUAUAUUUCUUCCCCCGGUGGCCGAUACAAAAGGAGACGAAUUGGUUCCGGAAAUUACCUGAUUCGGCACGUCCUCUUGAAAGAUAUUCGCCCAGGGAUGAAAUUUUUGCUGUCAACGCUAAGGUAGUCUUGACGCUUUUCGUCCUCGGGUUGAUGAUAUUUGAUGCUACUAAACCAAAUCCGUCCAGAUCGUGGGCGAUCUUCAACUCAACAUCAGCCCAAAUAGCAUACGAAUCAUCAGCCGACCGUCUCGAGCUUUGCGGCGAAGGAUCAAGUAUAAAUGGCGGGACAACCCCGUCUAUCGACACGUUGGAGACGGUUAUUACUUCACUUCAACGGAUACACUCCUCAACAGAAGAAGACGGAAAUGUUCAUGGCAGAUCAGUAAAAAUAUUGAAAGAGUCAAUACCUAUAUAUGCCAUGAUCCGCCCCCGUGGUGGUGAUUUUGUCUACUCCGAUCUGGAAUUUGAAGUUAUGAAGGAGCAGUUACUAUCCCUGAAAUCAGCGAUUUAUCCUCAGCAUAAUGCGGAGAAUGAAUCCCAAGAGCAGGAGGCUAGUAGCCAUGAAACGACCAAUUUCUUCGAAAAAGUCAGCGGCUUCGUAUUCGGGAUACUAACGCCCGACAACAAAGUUGAUCGCGUCCGAAAUGAGGAAUUGGUGAAACUUGCAGCCCCUUUACCGUGUACAUUUCAUCGUGCGUUUGAUGAGAUUAUUUCCUCCUGUCAGGAACGGAGCGGCGGAGCCAAGCUUCUUCCACGGGAACUGGUCACUGAGCUUGGGGCUGUGAUCAGUGCUGGAUUUGCGUCUAUUCUUACCUCGGGUGGAACGGGACGGAGUGCGGUGGAUGGAGCGAAGCAGAUAGCUUCAUUAAUUGAUGCCGCUGAUGGCAGGAUCGAAAUUAUUGCAGGCGGGGGUGUGCGGUCUACGAAUGUGAAAGAGUUGAGAAGACAAAAUCCUCGUGCGAGGUUCUUUCAUUCUAGUGCUAUACUGGGUGAUGGGGAUGUUGCUGAUGCAAAUGAAGUGCUAGCUUUGAAACGAGAGUUGGGUAGUACGGAAGAGCUAUGUGCAUAG